GAUGCGCGCCGUGCGUUUACAUCAGCGAACCACAUUUAAGAACUAUAUCAAGAACUGUAUUUCGGUUCAUCUUUAGGCUGGAUAUUUCAGACCGGACGACGGGGCUAGUCUAGCUGCACUUGCAAGUCCUAGAUUUAACUCCAUUGAUAUUUCCUUCGUGUUUUUAUAUGGAUUUUGUUUCGUUCUUUCUGGACUUGGAGCAGCUGAAAUACCUUCAUAUGAUAUAUUUACCCUGCUGAGAGAAAUCUCCGGGAUCUUCAGUGGACAAGGCAGCCACCGCUUGCACGACUAGGAAUAUCCCUGAAUUGUGGACUAAACUAGAAUUAACACUGGUUCUCCACCAUCUAUCUAGUUCCAGAAACUGGCCGAUUUUCUCGUGCUAUUGCAUCUCUUUUUUCAACAAGAUUGGAUUUUUUUGUAAUUUCAGAUGGAUAUGUGUAUGGACAUAAAUUCGGAUCAAGGAGGAGACAUCCUAACUUCAGUUUAUUAUACGGAUUGUUGGGCAUGAGUGGUUCUUUAAAACCAAAUUUAUUCCAAGAAAACGAAUGCGUGUCACGAAUCAUGAUAUCAAGAAUAAUCGUUUUUUGAAUCGGAUUCUUUCUGUCUUUCAUCCACAAAUUAAGGACCUUCGAGAGGACAUUUACAUUUGUAUUCAAUCUUUAUUUUCUCGCAAGGACUCAAAAUGGUCGGUUUACAUGCCGUUUACUCUGAACUGCGUAAAUGUGCAUGCUGAAAUUAUAUUCUUCGUUUAAUGAAGAAUUUUUAUUUUAUUUUUUAAAUAACGCAACUGGCCUCAUAAGAUUUCAGUGAAGCAAAUCGGAAGUUACCAGUUGCGAAAUCAGUAAAUCAGAUGAAUUUCAUCACUGAUAUAAACAUUUUCGUUCAUUUUAAAGGAUAUCUACCAGACUGUGAUUUAAUUCACGUGAGUUAUUUGGGCUUCUUUACGUCGUGCCGAAUGUGCAUAUGUGUCGAUGUUAAUAAAUGAUAGCGCAAAUAAGAGCGUGGACACAGACAUCAACAGGUAUAAUGCGUUCAAAGGACAUGGAUUUCCUACAAAUGUUCUUGUGCUUUCUUAUGUGCUGGACUGGAGUCGAUGCAGUUUUUAAUUUGAAAUAUACGGUGGAAGAAGAGAUGCGUCCGGGGACAAAGAUCGCCAACGUGACGGCAGACGCAAAAGUUGCGGGUUUUGUACUGGGAAACCGACAGCCUUAUUUGCGGGUCAUAUCCAAUUCCGAGCCGCGAUGGGUUAAUCUGAGCCCCGCCGGACUGCUCAUCACAAAACAAAAAAUUGAUCGGGACGCUGUUUGCAGACAGACACCGAAGUGUUUCAUCUCUUUGGAGGUGAUGUCGAACUCGAUGGAGAUCUGCGUGAUCAAAAUUGAGAUUAUCGACGUGAAUGACAACGCGCCGCGCUUUUCUACCAACCACAUUGACAUAGAAAUCUCAGAAAACGCUGCGCCGGGUACCAGAUUUCCCCUAGAGGGGGCAAGCGAUCCGGAUUCGGGGAGCAACGGCAUUCAAACCUAUACAAUUACCCCCAAUGAUAUUUUUGGUCUUGAGAUUAAAACGAGGGGAGACGGGUCCAAGAUCGCAGAGCUUGUGGUAGAAAAGACUUUAGACAGAGAAACGCAGUCCCGUUACACGUUUGAACUCACCGCCGAGGAUGGCGGUGACCCCCCAAAGUCUGGGACUGUGCAACUCAACAUCAAAGUCAUCGACUCGAAUGAUAACAAUCCAGUGUUCGACGAGCCGGUGUACACUGUAAACGUGCUGGAGAAUUCCCCCAUUAACACUUUUGUCAUAGACCUGAACGCCACGGAUCCGGAUGAAGGAACCAAUGGCGAGGUGGUUUACUCGUUCAUUAACUUUGUCUCCAAUCUAACCAAACAGAUGUUCAAAAUAGACACCAAAACGGGUGUGAUAACAGUAAAUGGCAUUUUGGACCACGAAGAAUUGCACGUCCACGAAAUAGAUGUACAAGCCAAAGAUCUGGGUCCAAACUCAAUCCCAGCCCACUGCAAAGUGAUUGUCAAUGUAAUAGACGUGAACGACAACGCACCAGAAAUCAAACUUCUGUCAGAAAACAGUGAGAUGGUGGAGGUGAGCGAGAACGCGCCUCUCGGAUAUGUAAUAGCACUGGUGAGAGUCUCAGACAAUGACUCGGGUGCGAAUGGAAAAGUGCAGUGCAGACUGCAGGGUAAUGUGCCUUUCAGGCUCAACGAAUUCGAGAGCUUCUCCACCUUACUUGUUGAUGGUCGUCUGGAUAGAGAGCAGAGAGACAUGUACAAUCUGACCAUUUUAGCAGAGGACAGCGGAUAUCCCCCGCUCAGAAGCUCAAAAUCCUUCGCUGUUAAAGUAACAGAUGAAAACGACAACCCACCAUACUUCACCAAACCCCAUUACCAAGCAAUGGUUCUCGAAAACAAUGUCCCAGGUGCGUUUCUCCUGGCGGUGUCCGCAAGAGACCCUGACCUGGGCAUGAACGGCACAGUCUCGUACGAAAUCAUCAAAUCGGAGGUGCGGGGGAUGUCUGUGGAAUCUUACGUUACAGUCAACUCCAACGGUGAAAUAUACGGGGUCAGGGCUUUUAAUCACGAAGAUACGCGGACGUUUGAGUUCAAAGUCUCAGCAAAGGACGGGGGUGACCCACCGCUGACCAGUAACGCCACCGUGCGCAUCGUCGUACUGGAUGUAAACGACAACACACCUGUGAUGACGACCCCGCCGCUGGUGAACGGCACCGCGGAGGUAUCAAUUCCCAAAAACGCUGGAGUUGGUUAUUUGGUUACACAAAUAAAAGCCGAUGACUACGACGAGGGGGAAAACGGAAGAUUAACGUAUUCAAUUUCAGAAGGAGACAUGGCAUACUUUGAAAUUGACCAGAUAAACGGCGAGGUGCGAACCACAAAGACGUUUGGGGAAAACGCGAAACCAUCCUACCAAAUAACGGUGGUGGCGCACGACCACGGCCAAACUUCCUUAUCCGCCUCUGCCUACAUUGUCAUUUAUCUCUCCCCCGACAUGAACACACAGGAGCAAAUCGGACCCGUUAACCUCUCUCUCAUUUUCAUCAUUGCACUGGGUUCAAUUGCGGUCAUUUUGUUUGUCACAAUGAUCUUUGUGGCAGUCAAGUGCAAAAGGGACAACAAGGAAAUCCGAACGUACAACUGCAGUUUCUUGUACCUGCGCAGGGUGGCGGAGUACUCCUACGGCAACCAGAAGAAGUCCAGCAAGAAGAAGAAGCUGAGCAAGAACGACAUCCGGCUGGUGCCGCGGGACGUGGAGGAGACGGACAAGAUGAAUGUGGUGAGUUGCUCGUCUCUCACCUCUUCGCUCAACUACUUCGACUACCACCAGCAGACUCUUCCACUGGGCUGCAGGCGCGCCGAUAGCACCUUCCUCAACGUGGAGAACCAGAACUCCAGGAAUGCUGCACCCAACCAUGGCUACCACCAUACCUUCACAGGGCAGGGCCCUCAGCAGCCUGACCUCAUCAUCAACGGCAUGCCGCUGCCUGAGACGGAGAAUUAUUCCAUUGACUCCAGUUAUGUAAACAGCAGAGCACACCUCAUUAAAAGCACGUCAACAUUCAAGGACAUGGAGGGAAACAGUCUGAAGGACAGCGGGCACGAAGAGAGCGACCAAACCGAUAGCGAACACGACGUUCAGAGAGGCCACUAUGCCGACACGGCCGUCAAUGACGUGCUAAAUAUGACCGUACCUCCAAACAACUCACAGUUACCCGACCAAGAUCAAUCCGAAGGAUUCCACUGCCAAGACGAGUGUCGAAUCCUGGGCCACUCGGACCGCUGCUGGAUGCCUAGGGUGCCGAUGUCGGCGAGAGCGAAAUCUCCCGAACACGGUCGCAACAACGUCAUCGCCCUGUCUAUCGAGGCCACCACUGUGGACGUACCUCACUACGAGGACUGCGGUACCACCAAAAGGACUUUUGCCACCUUCGGCAAAGACGGGCCGGACGAGGAACGGAGCGAACAGAGGGGCAGGCGGCAAAUGGCAGAGCCGGCUGUCUGCAGCCCCAAGACCAACGGAGCUGUGCGCGAGGCUGGAAACGGUCGGGAGGCCGUCAGCCCCAUCACCUCCCCCGUGCACCUGAAGAGCCCCCAGUCUAAACCGCCCUCCACCUACAACACGCUUAAGUGCCGGGACGCAGAGCGCAUAGCCAACCACAGCCUGCUACGGCAGCCAGAGGGGAAGGACAGUGAGCCGCCCAUGCGGGAGAUCAACACGCUCCUGCAGGACAGCCGUGAGAAAGAGUCCCCUGGAAGUAAGCGCCUGAAGGACAUUGUGCUUUAACCGCCUUCCGCAUAUAUACACAGACGGCAUACGCUAUUAUGAGCGUAUGUUUACGUUUAUGUGUGUGUAUUUGUGCGAGUGUCGAGCUGUAUGGGCUGGGGAAGGAACACAUCUGCACAACGUAUUCCCACGAGGACGUACUAAUGCAGAGGCCGAACAAACUGAGCUAAAAACGUGUCAUUGUGGCUUGGUAGCAACAGCAAUGCUUUUAUGUUUGUCGCAAUCUUCUGUCCGCAGUGGACAGGCUGGUUACUGUGUGCUGCGUGACAUGCUCAACCCCGCCCUCGCAUUUUACCCUUAGAGGAGAAAGACCUGCCAGCGUACGACUGGUCAUAUCUAAAUACAGUCAUGCCUUGUAGACUCUAAAGAGACUUUGUUCGAAAAAUGCCUUCUUUGGUAUGCAGUUUUGCUUCAGCUGCCAAACCGCUCACUGUUCCAGUAGAGGACGUGGGUCCCUCCGAUGUUACAGAUGGUGAUGUACAUUAGCAGAACUCUUACCGCCCGACUGCGCUCUCACGCCAAUGUCUGAUUCGCGGGACGUCGCACAGGAGCGCUCCCGCAGAUCUCAUUUCAGGGGCUUCUUCACUGGUCUGAUAAGGCAACCUUCUAUGUUUCCCCCCGAAGACAUUCCAAUGUCAGAAAACCGUGAGGUCGUUACAGUGCUUAUUUUAUUAUCAAAGAUGGAGCUAAAUGAAGUCGCGCUAUCAGCUCAAACUCACCGAAAAACUGGAAUAGGGAGAGAUCAAUCCCUCAGACUCACAACCAGAUAUAAAUAUAUAUAUACAGUAUAUGGAUUAAAGAAAAAAUCAGACAUGUUGCUUUUGAAAUCUCCUGUGCCCUUUCCUGAUUGUAGCCAGUGGAGCGCAGUUUACUAGAACUUUGUGCUCGGGUCUUGUACUUUUUUGGAUUUUGACUAUGGGGCUAGGAUAGAAGGGGUCGUCACUUACGUCUUGCUAUGUGGAACUCUGUUUAGGGUUUACUACUAUCAUUUUUAAUAAUCUGUUGUUAUGUGACAAUCCCUUUAAUGUUUUGUUGCGGAAGUAAAAACUGAAAAAAUAAACAUUGGUGUUCAACUAAAGCUACAGUAGCGUUUGUACACAAACACAAAAAGGAAAAAAACAUAUAUGCCAAAAUAUAUUUUAUAAAUAAUUUAAAAUGUAUAAUGAGAAUAUUUAAUGCUGUGUAGUUAUUUUAUCAGUAAGUUAUACUUGAAAUCAACUGGCUUUCUUUUCUUUCUUUUUCCCCUUUUUUAUUGACUAUGUUUCUUUUUUAAAUGAUCUUGAAUUUUUGUUCACUGUGUUACCCCUGGCAACUGUUGAUUGCAGUCUACCUUGUUGUAAAAGAGUUUCUUAUUGGUCAAUUCUUGUGCCAUCAAGUUUCUGUGUGGGCAAAAAUAGACAAAAUGACAAAAAAAUGACAAAAAAGAAAACCAACACCAACCGUAGUGUGUCAGUACAAUGAGCGUAGAGUGAGAUAGCAAAAGAAACCAAAAAUUGCAACAAACAUUAAACUUUCAAGAUAACAGGUUGUUGUUAAUCUACAUUCUCGAGUAAGGGUAAGAGUAACAUUGUCAUUUCAAGGUGGUUCCACUCAUUUCUAAAGUAUCGUGUUUAAGACGUAAGGCAAACCCUCCUGUUGCAAACACAGAUGCUGUAAGACAAACUUGCUUUGGUCCCUCUAUCAUCAAGUACAGCCCUCUUUACAUACAUUCUCAAGCUCAUUUGAAAACGCCCUACCAAGCCCUACCAAGCAGGAUUUGGGGGAAUUGCCGUAAUGAGGGCUGGAGGGUCUUGGGAAAUAUUGCGAAAUCAGCACCCCAUCAGGGGAUUAUGGGUUUCUUGGCAAUACUUAUUUUACAACGUGGGAAGUACAAACAGCAGCAACGUGUGGGGGGAAAAAAGACAGCAAUCUAGUAGCUGAAUGUUUUUGCUGGUCUCACCAAACAGCUUCUGGCAACGUGAAAAACGGAAUUAUCACUGAAUGUAUACUGCAGCUUAUUAUUAAACUAUUAAUGUUC